AUGAAGAUGCGAGGGGAGCAGGAGUUGAAUACCCUGAUCAACGUGGAAACCAAGCCAGACAUCAGCUACGGGACCCUCGCCACAAAUGCCACUGUGCCGCCGGGGGACAAAAACAUCUUCGGUGACGGAUCGACUCGCGUCGAUUUCGUCCUGGCGUGGGAGGAGCCUCACAACCCCGACGUGGAGCAGAGCAAGGCCGUCAACCCCGGCCACAGCAAAUGGAGAGAAACCUUCCUGAACAAACUGAAAUACUCGGGACUCCUGGUAGAGCAGAGGGACGUGGUCCAGCCCAAGACCAGGAUCCGAUUUGUCCUCCUUAGCGCCCCCUGGAGCGUGCUUUGCUACUACGCUGAGGAAAUCAGUUUGCGGGUCCCCCUGCAGGUGGUCGCCACUUCCUACGUGGUGAACUGGUCAGACAAUGUGCUUCAAUACCUGUCGCUGCCCAACCCGCUUAAGGAGGAAGUCCCCAAUCCGCCACCCGAUUUCUACACCUGCCAGUUCAGGACCAACAAACUGGAAAGGUUUCUGGGUAGCGAGGACCAAGAAAAGUUCUUCAAGACGACCCAACGGCACCAAGUACUCUACGAGAUCUUGGCUCGGACUCCUUACGGCUCGGUGUCCAAAGGCGAGGUGGGAAUCGACCGUCUGCUGAACGAGCAGGUCUUCACAUCGGCGUACCCGCUCCACGAGGGUGGAUUCAAGCUGCCCAAAACUCCACAACCGGUUGAAUCCCUGGGUCUCAGGCAGAUCCUGUACGGCUACUGGGCUCAGUGGUCCUGUUGGGCUCGGUACCAACCUCUCGACCACAUCAGGGAAUACUUCGGAGAGAAGAUAGCGCUUUACUUUGCCUGGCUGGGCUUCUACACGGGCUGGUUGGUGCCGGCCUCUCUCGUCGGGACUUUGGUCUUCCUGACCGGUUUUUGGCUGAUGAUCACAGAUGUCCCGGCGAAGGAGUUGUGUAACAGCGGCGGCACCUUCGUCAUGUGUCCGAUCUGCAACGUCUGCUCCUACUGGAACUACUCCAGCAUCUGUGUCACCUUCAAGGCCGGAAUUCUUUUCGACAACGGAGGGACAGUCUUCCUCAGUAUGUUCAUGUCCCUGUGGUCUGUGACCUUUCUGGAAUACUGGAAGAGAACAUGUUCAUCUCUGUCCCAUCGCUGGGACUGCACCGAUUUUCAGGAAAUAGAGGAGAGACCGCGACCCGAAUUCACGGCCAUGGCGCCCAUGACUGUGAGGAACCCUCUGACGGGAGCGGAGGAACCGUACUUCCCCAAGAAGACGCGAUUCAACCGAGUGCUGACCGGAUGCAUGAUCAUCGUCACCAUGGUGGUGGUGGUUUUGAUGUUCCUCAUCGCCAUCAUCCUGUAUCGCUCCAUCCUGAGCAUCGUCAUCUCCAAGUCCAACAUGAGCUUCUUCAUUUUCUCCGCCGCCCGGAUCGCCAGUCUGACGGGAUCCGUCCUGAACCUGGUGGUCAUCCUGAUCCUGUCCCGUGUUUACAUCUCCCUCGCCCACAUCCUCACCAGAUGGGAGAUGCAUCGCACUCAGACCAAAUACGAAGACAUGUUCAUCCUGAAGGUCUUCGUCUUCCAGUUUGUCAACUUCUACUCGUCUCCGGUCUACAUCGCCUUCUUCAAAGGCAGAUUCGUCGGCUACCCGGGCAAGUACGUCACGCUGUUCGGAGUACGCAACGAAGACUGCGGCGCGGGGGGCUGCCUUAUUGAGUUGGCGCAGGAGCUGCUGGUCAUCAUGGUGGGGAAGCAGCUCAUCAACAACAUCCAGGAGUUUGUUUGCCCGAAGUUGAGAUCGUGGUGGCAGAAGAGGAAGCGGAGCGGAAAGCCCAAAGAAGUCGAAGAUCAGGAUAGCGACCGGCAGCAGCUCCUUUGUCCCUGGGAGGUGGACUACCAGCUCCUGGUCUGCGAGGGGCUCUUCAGCGAAUACCUGGAGAUGGUCAUCCAGUUUGGUUUCAUCACCAUCUUCGUGGCGGCGUGUCCUCUGGCUCCGCUCUUCGCUCUCAUUAACAACUGGGUGGAAAUUCGCUUGGACGCGCAGAAGUUUGUCACCGAGUAUCGGCGGCCGGUGGUGGAGCGGGCGCAGGACAUCGGCAUUUGGUUCGACAUCCUGCAGUUCAUCGCCUACACAGCCGUCCUGGGGAACGCCUUCCUCAUCGCCUUCACGUCGUCCUUCCUGCCUCGCCUGUACUACCGCUACACCCGAGACGAAGACCUGAACGGCUUCAUCAACUUCACUCUGGCCACCGCGCCGCGGAACCACAGUCUGGAACAAAGAUCCACCUGCAGGUAUCGCGGACUCAGAGAUGAAAAUGGAGAAUAUCUGCCCGAAUAUUUCCACCUGCUCGCCGUACGACUCAGCUUCGUCAUCAUCUUUGAGCACGUGGUCUUCUUCAUCGGCCGGCUGAUAGACAUGAUGGUUCCCGACAUCCCCGAAGAGGUGGAGCUCAAGAUGAAGAGGGAGCACUACAUGGCCAAAGAGGCUCUGGCCGAGAACCAGGCCCUGGGGAGAACCAUGAUUCCCGUCGACACCGGCGAUCGGGUGGUCGAACCUCGGCAGCGCAAAUCCAAACGUUCUUCACCGGCGGACGCCGCCGUCGAAAUCCCGGAGGGCGAUAACCCGACGCCGGAAAGCCACUGA